CCCGUGCUCGCGGCCGCGCCCCACCCGCCGCCUCGGCUCCGCGGGGCCCUGCCGGGUCGGGCUGAGGGCCGCGAGGGGCCGCGCCCGGGGCCUCCGGCGCCAUCCGGCCUGGUCGUCCGCGGGGCGCCGCCCGAGGCCAUGGCCGCCCGCGGGUGUGCGCUGGAGGCGGUGCCGCUGCCCCCCGAGGUGCGGGAGAGCCUGGCCGAGCUGGAGCUGGAGCUGUCGGAGGGUGACAUCACUCAAAAAGGAUAUGAAAAGAAACGGGCAAAGCUGCUUGCAUGCUACAUCCCACUUCUUCAAGGAGUAGAUCCGUCCCUACAAGCAGAGAACAGGGUCUCCGGCCCCGCGCAGACGUCAGCUGCGGCACCCAAGCAGCAGAAGCUGCGGCCGGCCAACUCCCGGGACGAGCGCUUCCGCUCAGAUGUUCACACGGAAGCGGUGCAAGCAGCUCUGGCCAAGUACAAGGAGAGGAAGAUGCCUAUGCCUUCCAAAAGACGUUCUGUUCUCGUACACUCGUCUGUGGAAACCUACACGCCUCCAGACACGUCAUCUGCCUCAGAAGAUGAGGGCUCUUUACGGCGACCCGGGCGACUCACCUCCACUCCGCUCCAGAGCCAUUCCAACAUCGAGCCCUGGCUUGACCGGGUCAUUCAGGGCUCGUCCACCUCAUCCUCUGCAUCCUCCACCUCAUCUCACCCGGGAGGGAGACCCGCUGCCGCUCCCAGUGCCGCCGCCACCGCCACGCUCACAGGCCCCGCGGCCCACGCCCACAUAGCAGAUCUUCACUCUGCCCCUCCGGAUGUCACCACGGGCCUCGUGGAGCUCUCCCACUGCGAACGUCCACAGCUGGCUUCUGUGAGGGGUGUCCCUCGGGGCUACAGCGGGAGCGUCCUGGAGACGGCCGGUGGUGUCCCUGUGAGCAGCAGAGUGUCCUCCAAAAUCCAGCAGCUUCUCAACACCCUGAAGAGGCCCAAGCGCCCUCCGCUGAAGGAGUUCUUUGUGGAUGAUUUUGAGGAGCUGUUGGAAGUGCAGCAGCCAGAUCCAAAUCAGCCAAAGCCGGAGGGAAGCCAGAUGGUGGUGCUGAAAGGGGAGCCUCUGGCCAUGGGGAUUCCCUGGCCACCGUCCCUGCUGGCCGCCUUGCAGCGGUGGGGUACGACGCAGCCCAAAGCCCCCUGUCUGACUGCCUUAGACACAGCUGGGAAGGCCGUCUACACCCUCACCUAUGGCAAACUUUGGAGUCGGAGUUUAAAACUAGCUUAUACUCUACUUAAUAAACUGACUAGUAAGAAUGAACCACUACUUAACCCUGGAGACAGAGUGGCCCUGGUGUUUCCAAACAGUGACCCCGUGAUGUUCAUGGUGGCAUUUUAUGGGUGUCUGCUGGCAGAGCUGGUUCCUGUCCCCAUAGAGGUGCCGUUAACGAGAAAGGACGCUGGCAGCCAGCAGGUUGGCUUUCUGCUGGGCAGCUGCGGUGUCACCCUGGCCCUGACCACGGAUGCUUGUCAGAAGGGCCUGCCCAAGGCACAGACCGGAGAGGUGGCGACUUUCAAAGGAUGGCCCCCGCUCGCCUGGCUGGUGAUCGACGGGAAGCAUCUGACCAAGCCCCCCAAAGACUGGCACCCGCAGGCACAGGACGCAGGGGCCGGGACGGCCUACAUUGAGUAUAAAACCAGCAAAGAAGGCAGCACUGUGGGGGUCACGGUGUCCCAUGCAUCGCUGCUGGCACAGUGCCGGGCUCUGACGCAGGCUUGCGGCUACUCAGAAGCUGAGACAUUAACAAAUGUGCUGGAUUUCAAAAGGGAUGCUGGUCUGUGGCAUGGAGUGUUAACAAGCGUCAUGAACAGGAUGCACGUCAUCAGCAUCCCCUACGCACUGAUGAAGGUCAACCCGCUGUCCUGGAUUCAGAAAGUGUGUUCGUACAAAGCCCGGGCCGCGCUGGUGAAGUCCCGCGACAUGCACUGGUCUCUCCUAGCUCAGCGGGGUCAGAGGGACGUCAGCCUCAGCUCCCUGCGCAUGCUGAUCGUGGCCGACGGCGCUAACCCCUGGUCCAUAUCCUCCUGUGACGCGUUCCUCAAUGUCUUCCAGUCCAGAGGCCUGAGGCCAGAGGUCAUUUGUCCCUGCGCCACUUCUCCUGAGGCGCUGACAGUUGCCAUCCGCAGGCCGCCGGACCUGGGAGGACCUCCACCGAGGAAAGCUGUCCUCUCCAUGAACGGUCUCAGUUUUGGUGUGAUCAGAGUUGAUACUGAAGAAAAGUUGUCGGUUCUUACCGUUCAGGACGUUGGCCAGGUGCUCCCUGGAGCGGACGUGUGUGUCGUGAAGGUAGAAGGUGCCCCUUAUCUCUGUAAGACCGAUGAAGUUGGAGAAAUAUGUGUCCAUUCCAGCGCCACGGGCACGGCGUACUACGGGCUGCUCGGCAUCACUAAGAGUGUCUUUGAGACCGUCCCGCUCACGGCAGGUGGGGCGCCCGUGUCUGAGCGGCCUUUCACCAGGACGGGGCUGCUGGGCUUCGUCGGGCCGGACGACCUGGUGUUUGUCGUGGGCAAGCUGGACGGGCUGAUGGUGGUUGGAGUUCGUCGACACAACGCGGACGACGUCGUGGCCACCGCGCUGGCCGUGGAGCCCAUGAAGUUUGUCUACAGAGGCAGGAUUGCCGUGUUCUCCGUGACGGUGUUGCACGACGACCGGAUCGUGCUCGUGGCGGAGCAGCGGCCCGACGCCUCCGAGGAGGACAGCUUCCAGUGGAUGAGCCGCGUGCUGCAGGCCAUCGACAGCAUCCACCAGGUGGGCGUGUACUGUCUGGCCCUGGUUCCUGCCAACACCUUGCCCAAGGCUCCUCUUGGAGGGAUUCACAUUUCUGAAACCAAGCAGCGUUUCCUGGAGGGGAUGCUGCACCCCUGUAAUGUGCUCAUGUGUCCUCACACCUGUGUUACCAACCUUCCCAAACCUCGCCAGAAACAACCAGAGGUGGGGCCGGCCUCCAUGAUCGUGGGGAACCUGGUUGCCGGGAAGAGGAUUGCACAGGCCUCGGGCCGGGAGCUGGCUCACCUGGAGGACAGCGACCAGGCCAGGAAGUUCCUGUUCCUGCCUGACGUGCUGCAGUGGCGGGCGCACACCACUCCCGACCACCCGCUGUUCCUGCUGCUCAACGCCAAGGGCACCGUCACCAGCACUGCAACCUGUGUCCAGCUGCACAAAAGGGCAGAAAGGGUCGCCGCCGCUCUGAUGGAGAAGGCCAGACUGAACGUUGGGGACCACGUGGCUUUGGUCUAUCCCCCAGGGGUGGACCUCAUUGCCGCCUUCUACGGCUGUCUGUACUGCGGCUGCGUGCCUGUCACGGUGCGGCCCCCGCACCCCCAGAACCUCGCCACCACGCUGCCUACCGUCAAGAUGAUCGUGGAGGUCAGCAAGUCCGCCUGCGUCCUCACGACACAGGCCAUCAUGCGGCUGCUCAAGUCCAAAGAUGCAGGGGCCGCUGUGGACGUCAGGACCUGGCCAACCAUUGUGGAUACAGACGACAUACCGAAAAAGAAGGUGGCGAGCAUUUUCAGGCCGCCGUCUCCAGACGUGCUCGCCUACUUGGACUUCAGCGUGUCAACCACGGGGAUUUUAGCAGGCGUGAAGAUGUCGCACGCAGCCACAAGUGCCUUGUGCCGCUCCAUAAAGCUGCAGUGUGAGCUGUACCCCUCGAGGCAGAUCGCCAUCUGCCUUGACCCCUACUGUGGCCUCGGCUUCGCCCUGUGGUGUCUGUGCAGCGUCUACUCAGGACACCAGUCUGUCCUGGUCCCUCCGCUGGAGCUGGAGAGCAACGUGUCCCUGUGGCUGUCCGCGGUCAGCCAGUACAAGGCCCGGGUCACCUUCUGCUCCUACUCGGUGAUGGAAAUGUGCACCAGGGGCCUGGGAACGCAGACGGGUGUCCUCAGGAUGAAGGGGGUGAACCUGUCCUGCGUGCGCACCUGCAUGGUCGUGGCCGAGGAGCGGCCCAGGAUCGCGCUCACGCAGUCCUUCUCCAAGCUGUUCAAGGACCUGGGCCUGCCGGCGCGCGCCGUGAGCACCACGUUCGGGUGCAGGGUCAACGUGGCCAUCUGCCUCCAGCCCAACAGGCUGGGGAAGCUGGCUGAGCAGGGCACGGCCGGCCCGGACCCCACCACCGUGUACGUGGACAUGAGGGCGCUGCGCCACGACAGGGUCCGUUUGGUAGAACGGGGAUCUCCGCACAGCCUGCCGUUGACGGAGUCCGGAAAGAUCCUCCCCGGGGUGAAGGUCAUUAUUGCGCACACCGAGACCAAAGGGCCCCUUGGGGACUCACACCUGGGCGAGAUCUGGGUGAGCAGCCCCCACAAUGCCACCGGGUACUACACAGUCUACGGGGAGGAGGCGCUCCACGCCGACCACUUCAGCGCCCGGCUGAGUUUCGGAGACACACAGACCAUCUGGGCAAGGACUGGCUACCUGGGUUUCCUUCGAAGGACGGAGCUCACCGAUGCCAGUGGAGAGCGACACGACGCGCUGUACGUGGUCGGGUCCCUGGAUGAGACGCUGGAGCUGAGGGGCAUGCGCUACCACCCCAUUGACAUCGAGACGUCCGUGGUCCGAGCGCACAGGAGCAUCGCUGAGUGUGCCGUGUUCACCUGGACCAACCUGCUGGUGGUGGUGGUGGAGCUGGACGGGCUCGAGCAGGAUGCGCUCGACCUGGUGGCCCUGGUGACAAACGUGGUGCUGGAGGAGCAUCACCUGGUCGUGGGCGUGGUGGUGAUCGUCGACCCCGGCGUGAUCCCCAUCAACUCACGGGGCGAGAAGCAGCGCAUGCACCUGCGGGACGGCUUCCUGGCCGACCAGCUGGACCCCAUCUACGUCGCCUACAACAUGUGAGCGCCGCUCGCCCGCCCCACGCUCCUGAGCCGGGCGGGGAGCAGGCCUCCGGGGUGGGAGCACCGCCCUGUGUGCAGCCGCCUGGAGAGGACGCCCAUCUUCCCGGAGCCGCGCCCCUCCUCCUCCACUUUUACAGAUCCGUCUCAAGGUUCCCCAAUUCUCAUUUUAGAAACUGCUUCCUGGACAGAGGGAAGAAACUUUAAUUUGGAGGACGUUUACGAGAACAGGAACGUCAGGGUGCCUGAAGGGAGACGCAGGGCCUGGCGUGGGUGUGGCGGGGAACUGCAAGUGCUCUACUGUGUUGCGAGUUUGCACUUUUUUUAGGCCAAAAAUAUAGUUCUCGAUUUUAAAAGUCAUUUAUUUAUUCCCAGUUCAUAUAUAGAAUUUAUGCUAGAAAGCACGUGAGGCCCCUGGACCCCGUGCUUUGCUUCUGCUUCAUAGGGAGGAGCCGAGCAACUUGGGGGCUGGCCCGGCCUCCCCGCCCUGGGUCCCGAGUCGCCAACUGUGCUCACAGGGCGCUUCCUUUGCUGGUUUCGUUUUGAAACACGUGUGCCCGAGUGUCCACACUUGUCACUGAUACUCGAGAGGUGCCGCUGGGGGCUGUCGAGUUUGGUGCUUGCUUUUGGGCAAAUAAACCAGCAGUUAAGUCUUAAACCGCUGUCGUAGGUUUGUGACUUGAUGCUGUUUAGUUAAUGUGCUUGUUUUCCCAACACCACAGUCUGGGUUCCUCUAAAUACAUGGAAUUACGUUGAGCUGUGAUUUUUAUUCCCAUUCAACAGACUUGUGAGUACUGGUGACAGCACCUGAGGCCUUCAGGUCCUUAGUGCUGUUUGCUGAGCACCCUGCAUGCAGUCGAGGGGCCGUGGAGAGAGCCUCGCCCCCGCCCCCCCGCUCCUGGCUUUCACAGUUUGACUAGUGUGCCUAUAAAACUUGGCCAAACCGCAUUCAGUUAUUUUAUUCAAACUUGAUGAAACUGACUGAUCUAAUAUUAGAGUAAACCUGAGUCAAAGAAGAGAAUGUAAAAUCCUUUAGCUACUUAUAAGAAUUUGAAGUGAAGCUUAAAUCUAAGAGAUUAUUUUUAUAUAGCUAUUACAGAGUAUGUUAUAAAGUUGUGGGGUUUGGGGGACUGAGGGUGGGAAAGUUUAUGAAUUAUGCAUGCUUCCUAGGAACAGCCAGCCGUUUCUGGAAUUAGCCUGGAGCAGUGCCUAACAAAGCUGUUACUAAUUCUCUACCGCUCUAAGUUCGCCGCCACCUGGGACUGGCUCGCUGGGCCAGCUCUCACGUCCUGCUCUUCCGUGGCCGCGGGCAGCGCGUGCCCAUUAGUUCUGUUCGCCUGCAGUGUUGAGCUGCGUGUGAUAGAGACGACAUACUGGAGUUCUAAUGGCCUCGUGUAAUUAUGUACAUAAUCUGUAUAACUUAUUGUUUCACGUACAGAGGUUCUGGCAGUGGACUAACGGACGUUCCUUAUAGCAGAAUGGCCAGCGGGGAAACACUACCUAACCCUAAUCCGAAUGUCGUAGUUUUGUAGCAAACAAAUACUGUAAAAGUUUUGUAUUGAAAGGUCAGUGGCAGCAAGACAGAGCGUCUUGAAAAUUAAGAUUUGAAGAAGAGCAUUAAACUGUCCUAAAAUUACUUUCUGGGAAUUCUGUAUAUCACACUAAAAUUUUUUUUAUAUAUCAUUAUGUCAAUAAAAGAUAUUGACUGUUUGUAAUUCUGCAUUUUGAAGUAUGUGAAAAUGUUUUUUAAAUUACCCAAAAUGGGAUGUAUUUUAUUUUACAUUCUUUUAAUCUGAAUAUAAAAGCAUUUAUGUAUACAGCAUAAAAUCUGCAAAGCACACGAAAGAAGAAAAUUAAGAUCUCUACCCCUGAGUAAUAGCAGCAUUAGUAUUUGAUAAAAAGCCCCUCAGGGAUUAAUUUUUUCUUUUUAAAAACUUUCACAAAAUUAGAAUCCUAUGCUUUUAUAUCAGUGUUUGUACUUAAUAAAUUCCCGACUUUUAAUCUUUUACACAUAUUCUUCUGCAUGUUUUAACAGCUGUGCCACGUGGGCGCGUGGCACCAAGCCGCUGCCGGGUGCUGUGCGGUCGCGGUGCUGAGUACCUGCCACUGCCGGUGCUGAGCACCCGCACAUCUGCAAUGGCAGUUGCUGCCUUGGACGCAGUUCGCGCGGGGCCAGUGACCAGGUCAGAGUUCAUCCCAGUUUGAAAGGCCUUGGGGGAGCGGCCUCCUGCCAGCAGCCCGGCAGCCCUGGCGAUGGACACUUGCCCAAGAUUAAAACAAGUCCUUGCCACACUGAUGGCCAAAUAAGUGUCAUGUCGUGGUAAGUAUGUUUUCGUGUGUCAUGUGUUUAUUUCCCAUUUGAUUCAUUCCAUUCGGAUCUGGCAAUUCUUACUGUCCUCAAAGGUGUUUUCGGUUGAUUUGUAGGAGCCAUUUUACAUUCAGAGUCAGUAACAUCCGCGUAGUCCACACUGCGCCUAGUAGGUCAUUUGUAUCUUGAUUCUGUUUGUUUUGAUUCAGGUUGGUUUCUAAAUGUUCUUAUUUUACGCAAACUGUGAUUACCUGUGCUUAAUUUUAGAUUAUGAAGGUAGCUGAUGUGUUUCCAAGUGAUCUACUGGGAUGGCAGCAUAACCGUGAUCCCUUCCUCCACUCAGCCUCCUGUGGAAUGGAGCCUCCAUCCGGGGUGAGACACCACUGAGGACGCAGGGGCCGAUCCCCCUCGGCCAGCUCGUAAGAUGCAGGGUCCACACCAGGAGCGGCAAGCUGAGGAGACCCGAGGUGCGUCCCGACUCCACGGAUCACUGGGCUCUGCCGAAACCAGGAGGAGGAAGAGAAGCCCCAACACAUGCUGGGUCAAGAGGGUCCUGCAGCCAUUGGAGGCCCCGGGGACUCACGGUGGCUCCCGCUAGGACAGACGCCCCCGUGGAGUGACAACCGCACCCCCCACGGUGAGUUCUCCCCCUGGGCAGGUCCCUCAGCAGGUCCCGGACGCGAGCGUGCUCUGGUGGCCCAGGAGCUGGUUAAGAGGGUGGGCCCUGGGCUCCUCAGGUGACGGUCUGGAAGGCGCAGCCCCGGGGCUUGCCCCGGGACACGGGGGGUGCGUGGGCAGAGACCCACCAGGGACCGGGCUGUACCCGCCUGCCGACGACACCUCCAGACCAGGAAGGGGCCUUCUCAGCCUUGUCAGCUUUCUGCGUCCUCAGAAGAAACUGGGGCUCAGUGGAGGCAGAGACUGCGCAGGUCAGGUCACCGCUCAGUGGCAAAGUCGGGGUCUGACCCCAGGUCUGUCGUCAGGGUCCAAGCUCUGACGGGGUUGCAACGCCGCCUUCACGCAGGACCACGUGUGGAAAUGCCUACUCUUCAGACAAGCAAGAGAGACACAUCUUCUCUGCAAUAUUUAGGAGGCAGGUAUUUCUUUUUGCAAAUUCAGUAUCUUUUUUUUUUUUUUAAGUAAGUCUUUGGGGAAGAAAUGAGUAUGUUUGAUUCUUCCAUCUUUAUUUUCCCGAGCAUUUCUAAAAGCAAUGCCAUAGGCAAACCCGAAUUACCAAACUUGUGUGUUUCCUUGUAAAUAAAAACCAAUCAGAAAUCCAUCAUUUAGAAAGUACUCGGUGUUUCUACCCACAACAGCCAAAGGCUUUAUGAAGAAGUGGCUAGACCUGCAUCGCCCGUGAACGAGACCCUCCUGAUCACGCAUGUGGGAAAGACGCUUCCUCAGGGGCCAGGGCAUCCCGCUUGCUGUUGCUGGAAAGCAAACUGCCCCAAAGCUUGGGGGCUCAGGGAACCCCCGUUUACCAGAUCCUACCGGUUCGGUAGCUCAGGACUUGGGCUGCGCCUAGAGCUACUCUUUGUCCCACGUGGUGUCCGUUGAGGUCGUCGCUGGCCUUCGGCUGGCCCCUGAGCUGGGCCGGGUGGCCUCACUCACACGUCUGGGGCCUUGGAGACGAGUGCAAGGCCGGGCUGAGUCCACACUGGCGCCGAACGUGGUCUCCCCAGGGCGGUUCCAGCGCGGUCAGCUUCCCACACGGGGCUGCCUUUCUCCAGGGGGGCAUCGAGGGCCGGGUGGACGUUGCGUGGACUCUUGACCUGGUUGGACGUCGUGUGGGUGACUCAGCACCUUCCGUUGGUUAUGGGCGGGAGGAAGGCAGCCCAGAACCCCGGGGAGGGGUUUAGACCUGACCUCGCGGGGAGAGGGGGCCGGAGAAGACCACGUGGGAAGGGAGAGCUCGCCGGCCCCCCUGUGCCUGCGCCCCAUGCACCUGCACCUGCACCGCCCGGGACCGCCAAGGCCUCCCCCACCGUGCAGGUCCGUCACCAGGCCAGGCCAUGGUUCAGAGGCCCAGCCCUUCUGGAAGAAGCUGCAGAGCAUAAUGGCCAUUGGGGGAAUCUCCCACAAAAUACUUCGACUCCUCAAACACGAGGCAUCGCUCACCGUGUCUCAUUCAAGCCCGAAGCCCAGGAUCUCACGAUCCGCAGGUUCGGCUCUUGUCACAGAGGUCUGUGCAGCGGGACAAGUCACCUGUGCCUCCCUGCGCACACACCCAGCAUGUGCUGGGGAGACGGGGGUGACCCAGCGGAUGCUCCACUCAGCAGGCGUGGACUAUGAAGCACGGAUGCGUUGCUGGCUCGCCGCGGCCUGGAGCCCGCGGGGUGGUGGUCCCAUUCCCUGUCCAGGGCAGUGCAUCCGCUUUGAUUGGAGCCUGGUUCUGCUCCUUGCAAGGGGCUCACGGAUGCAGCGUCCUCCUGGGAGGACACCCAGUGUCCCCCUGGGAGGGGCCCCCAGCCCGCUGGUCUCUGCCCCAGAAGGAGCGGCCCAUGUUUGCUGCUCAGUGGCCUCAGCACGACAGUUGCCCACAGGAACGGGGUCCCCAGACAGCUCUUACUUCAUUUUGAGCUAUCUCAGUCCCUUUUACUCCAAGCUGGUGCUGUUCCUGCCGACAUGAAUUUCCCGAGAAGGGUCCACUCUGUGCGUGCGCUGCCAUCUGUAUAUCCCUCCUCCUGCUGACUGGCACUUGCCACGUUUUUGCUGUUGUAAAUAAAGUUGCUACGAACGUU